AUGAAAAGGAAACAAGAAGCACAUUGUGCCGUAGGAAUAGACCUUGGCACAACUUAUUCAUGUGUUGCAGUAUGGCAGGAAGAACAUCAUCGAGUUGAGAUCAUUCACAAUGAUCAAGGCAAUAAAAUUACACCUUCUUUUGUUGCUUUCACAGAAAAUCAGAGAUUGAUCGGUGAUGCUGCUAAGAAUCAAGCUGCUACCAAUCCCCAAAACACUGUCUUUGAUGCCAAGAGGUUAAUUGGUAGAAAGUUUAGUGAUCCUAUUGUUCAAGAUGAUAUUCUUUUAUGGCCAUUCAAAGUAGUUGCUGGUGACAAUGACAAACCCAUGAUUAUGGUUAAGUACAAGGAUCAAGAAAAGAAACUAUACGCCGAAGAAGUAUCAUCUAUGAUACUCACCAAGAUGCGAGAAAUUGCUGAGACAUAUUUAAAAUCAAAUGUUAAGAAUGCUGUUGUUACUGUGCCAGCUUAUUUUAAUGAUGCUCAGCGAAAAGCCACUAUAGAUGCCGGUGUUAUUGCUGGCCUUAAUGUUAUGAGGGUAAUGAAUGAACCUACUGCGGCAGCUGUUGCGUAUGGUCUUGACAAGAGGACUGAUUAUGAUGGAGAACGGAAUAUUUUUGUCUUUGAUCUUGGUGGUGGUACUUUUGAUGUGUCUCUACUAACUAUCAAGGGUGAUGUGUUCAAAGUAAAGGCAGCUGCUGGAAACACUCACCUUGGAGGAGAAGACUUUGAUAAUAGAAUGGUCAACUACUUUGUACAAGAGUUCAACAGAAAGAACAAAGUGGAUAUUUGUGGAAAUUCAAAAGCCUUGAGAAGGUUGAGAACUGCUUGUGAGAGGGCAAAGAGAUCACUGUCUUUCCUUGUUGUUGCCUCUAUUGAAGUAGAUUCAUUAUUUCAAGGCAUUGACUUUUCAUCAUCCAUCAAUAGGGCCAAGUUUGAGGAAAUGAAUAUGGACCUUUUUAAUGACUGUAUGAAGACCGUUGAGAGUUGUCUUACUGACGCUAAGAUGGAUAAGGGCAGGGUAGAUGAUGUUGUUCUUGUUGGUGGAUCUUCUAGAAUUCCUAAAGUACAACAGCUAUUACAAGACUUUUUUAAGGGAAAAGAGUUGUGCAUGAACAUUAAUCCUGAUGAGGCUGUAGCUUAUGGGGCAGCAAUUCAGGCUGCAUUGUUGAGUGAAGAUGUUAAAAAUGUUCCAAAUUUGGUGCUGCAGGACGUUACACCAUUGUCUCUUGGCAGGUCAGUAGUAGGAGAUAUCAUGAGUGUGGUGAUUCCUAGGAACACUUGCAUUCCUGUCAAGAAUACACUACGAUAUGUUACGGUUGAAGAUAACCAAUCUUAUUCCUUGAUUAAGGUUUAUGAGGGUGAAAGAACAAGAGCAAGUGAAAACAAUUUGCUUGGUUCUUUUACUCUUUCUGGUCAUACCCCUGCUCCUCGUGGCCACCCUUGUGAUGUUUGUUUUUCUAUAGAUGAAAAUGGUGUUUUGACAGUUUCGGCUAAGGAAUGCUCCACUGGUAAAAUGAAUGAGAUUUCAAUAACCAAUCACAAAGAGAGGAUAUCAGCCGAAGAAAUUAGAAAAUUGAUUAAAGAGGCUGAGAUUUACCAUAUUGAAGACAUGAAAUUCCUAAGAAAGGCCAAAGCACUGAAUUUAUUGGAUGACUACAUAUACAAAAUGACAAAUACUUUAAAGAAAAAUGAUACUAAUUCGAAGCUUUCCUCACAAGAAGUCAAAAUGAUUGAAGAUGCAAUUGCAGUGGCUAAAAAGCUCGUCGACGAGAAUAACAAGCAGGUUGAAAUAGAAGUUUUGGAAGAUCACCUAGAAGGGCUUGAGAGUAGGAUGAAACACAUUAUGGCUAAGACUAUUUAG